AUGACAAAUAUAAACGUUGUUGGAUAUGUAGUCCUAAUAUUAGGAAUGAUGAUGGGUACCAUCCAAGGCGGGACUUAUGAAGAUGUAUAUAACCUUCGAACAACUUUACUGACGUCAUAUGAUGCUGACAUUCUUCCAUUAGAUGACCAGUCUGGUUCGUUAAACAUUAAUUUAUCAAUGAUGGUAUUUACGAUGCCGGAAGUUAAUCCAGUACAGGGCGCCAUUACAAUGGGUGUAAUGGUGACCCAGGAAUGGUACGACGAAAGAUUAACCUGGACACCAUCUGACCAUAGCGGCACCAUGAUCAUUUCAAUGAAAUCUGGGAAUAUUUGGACUCCGCCACUAACAGUGUCCAAUCCAAUCACGUUUACGCUCUUGGAUUCGUCAUGGAUGCAGACGAAAAUAAUGUCUAGUGGUAAAGUAAUGUACACUGUUGGCGGAAUUAUACAGUUUUCUUGUUCGUUUAAUAUGAAGUUUUGGCCUUUUGAUAAGCAUAUUUGUACCUUAAAUUUAUUUCCCUAUGGUUACAUGGUGAACGAAGUGAGCUUUUCUGUACCGGGAACUGUGGUUGACACUAGUAUCUAUUCAGAAAACGGUGAAUGGUUUCUGGAUAAGGACUCGUUUAACUACGAACUAGGCACUGUCUUCGGCAUGAAUGAAAUAGCGUACAGUUUUAAAAUUGCACGAUUGUCGGCAUUUUAUUUGCUUACUGUCAUUUUACCUAUCAACGGUAUCGGAAUGUUGACAUGUUUGGUAUUUCUUCUGCCUACUGAGUCAGGUGAACGGGUGGGCUACUCUAUAACAAUUAUGUUAUCCCUUGCCGUGUUUCUGACGGUAACUGCCGAGGAAUUGCCGAAAAACUCCGAGCCUCUACCAAUCAUAACUGUGUAUAUUCUCUUUAACCUAGCAAUCUGUAUCAUAGGGCUUCUUUUCGUCAUUUUAAAUUGGAUACUCUUUAACAGGACUGAAAAAGAUGAUAUGGCAGAAAUUUACAAAUCGACGGUAAGAUUCACACGGAGGAAAUGGUGUAAACGUAAAAUUAGAGAUGACCCACCGCGUAAAACUUCUGUGGUUAGAAUAAAUGUCAAAAGCAAGAAAAAAUUCCCAGAUUUCGGCGAUGAGAUAGCAGACGAAGAUAUUGGAUGGAAAGAUGUAAGUGAAGCGGUGGACAAAAUAAUGUUUGUCCUCUUCGUAGUUGUCACUUACAUUCCAUCUAUCAUUAUUCUUAUUUACACAGCAGCAGCUUCCGGUUACAUUAAAGGUUAA